AUGGAUGUGACUACUAAGAAAAAGAAGUUGUUUCAACCUUAUCAAAAAGACAUUCGACCCACCAAAGGCCUCCGACUUUUUUCUAAGCAAGUAUGUGAUAAAGUUGCCGAAAAGGGUACUACCACUUAUAACCAAGUAGCCGAUGAAUUAGCAGCUGAAAUUCAUCAACACUCGAGCGUUGAUCAAAAGAACAUUCGCCGACGUGUUUAUGAUGCUCUCAAUGUCUUGAUGGCUUUGGAUAUCAUUGCCAAAGAUAGAAAACAGAUCAAGUGGUUAGGAAUGCCUGACACAGACUUGGAGCAAGAACUUAAAAAAGAAGAGUCGCGUCAUAAAGCUCUUUUGGGGUCCGUGCAACAGUCUCGACACGUCCUAAAUGAUGCAUUGGUCAAUUUUACACGAUUGGAGAAAUUGGUUCAGCGAAAUCGUCAACAACAAGCUUCGCCUCCUCUGACAGCUAUCCAUUUACCAUUUUUCAUGAUGUCUUCACAAAACAUUCAAACAAAUACCAAUGGAAGAGAAGCUCUUAUUCAACUAGGAUCUUCGUAUGCCAUUUAUCAAGAUACAGAUAUAUUGGCUAAAUUGUGGCCUAAUCAUCAAGUUACUACCGUUUCAUAA